AGUCCACUCACCACACCCAGUGGAAAGAGAUUAACACUAAUAAAUAUUAGUGAAUAGAACUCGGCUCUCCAGUUCUCCUUGCUGCUUCCCGUGAUGGCGUUUGCUGAUCUGAGAGACGAGCUGACCUGCUCCAUCUGUCUGAGUAUUUAUACAGAUCCUGUAACCCUGACAUGUGGACACAACUACUGCCGGGUCUGUAUCGGGGAUGUGCUGGACACACAGGACCGAUCUGGAGUUUAUACCUGUCCUGAGUGCAGAGUUGAUUUUCCGGAGCGUCCAGCACUGGAGAAGAAUAGGAAACUGUGUAACAUAGCGGAGAGUUUCCUAUCGGUUCACCCAGAGCAGAUGCAGGUGAAGGUUUUCUGUACCUACUGUGACUUCCCUUUUCCUGCAGCUAAAACGUGUCUGCAUUGUGAAGUCUCUUUGUGUAACAAGCAUUUAAUAAAACACAACAAAUCACCAGAACAUGUAUUAACUGAACCCACCACUUGCUUGGGGAGUCAAAAAUGCUUGGAUAAGGAGAAGGACCUAGACUGCUGCUGCUCUGGAGAUGCUGCCAGUAUCGAUGCAUCCUGUAGGAAAGGUGGGCCCCAGAUGGAGGCAAUGCAUGAGAUCCAUGAGAAGAAUAAGAAUAAGCUGAAAAUUAUUCUAGAAAAACUGACUUUAAAGAGAGAAGAAACUGAGAUACAAGUCCAGAAAUUACAGGAGUUCGAAAGGGAAGUGCAAGAGAAAGCGGCUGAUGAAACAGGGAAAGUCAUUGCCCUUAUAAAGGAUAUCACAGAGCAGCUGGAAGCCCUGGAGAAGCGAGUCCUGAGUGAGAUCUCCAGGCAGGAAGAGCAGGUCUCACUCCGAGUCUCAGAUCUAAUGCGGCAGCUGGAAAUCAAGAAGGAGGAGCUGUCCAGGAAGAUGGGUCACAUCGAGGACUUGUGUAACAUGACGGACCCAUUAACUGUCUCACAGGAAAAUGAAUUAGACAGUGCUGAUUAUUGUGACACUGAGGGGGAAGGUGACAGGGACAGAGAGGUAGAUUAUCAAAAUAUCCAUACUGAAGGGGAUCUAGAUGUAAGCCUGAUCUCAUUGUCCUUGCACACGGGCUUAGCUGAUAUUGUGAUUGGUGUAAAGAGAAAGUUCAGCUCAACAGAAUCUUCUGACAUUUUACUGGGUGUAAAAAUUACUGCAGACAUAGUCAUGGAUAUAUAUACAGCCAGUAAUCACAUAGCUUUAUCGAGUGACCUGAAAACUGCCUUGUGGUCUGAAAUAGCAAAGAGUCGCCCAGAAACACCAGAGAGAUUUCAGGAUUAUCCUCAAGUCUUAAGCACCAGGAGUUUUGACUCAGGACAACAUUACUGGGAAUUGGAGACCAGUGAAUCAGAUGGUUGGAGGAUCGGUGUGGCCUAUCCCAGUAUGGACAGAAAAGGCUUUAAGUCACUUCUUGGAUAUAAUAAGAAGUCCUGGUGUUUGUGGAGGUGGUAUAAUCAGUACUCCGUGAGGCAUAACAGUAAAGGGGUCCAUUUACCUCAUAGCCCAUCCUGUCAGAGACUAGGAAUAUCCUUAGACUACGAGGCCGGGCGGCUGUCCUUCUAUGAGCUGUGUGACCCAAUCAGACACUUACACACCAUAACUACCACCUUCACUGAGCCGCUUCAUGUUGCAUUGUGGGUAGUAAAUGAUGCAUGGGUGAAAGUUGUUCCUAGGAUUGAUGAGUUUUGUAUAACUGCCAAGUGAUAUAUUAUGAAAGCAGGCCAUGGUUGGUUUAAUGGUUACGGGAACGCAAGCAGAAAAACAUGAAGCCAGGUGUGAAUAACUAGAGAACUUAAUUAUUAGAAGAAUAAUCUGUUUUAAUGUAAUGGUGUAUAUG